UGAUUGGUGAUUGUGUAGAUAUGGGUCAAAGAUUUUUAUAAUUAAUGCCUUCUCUCUAAUAGGAAAGUUGAUAAAUAUCAAUUCAACCCGAAUCUACAUAAAAUUAAAAUAAUUAAUAAAGCUAUGGGGGGGAGGGCCUCUGGUUUAUAUAUAUUAAGGUCAGUGGGAGGGGACGCUAUUCUUCUUCUUUCACUUUCCUUUGAGUUGUUUAGACCUAAAACAAAAACUCUCUUCUUCACUACCAUCUCUCUCUAUCGGAGAAUUCGCCUGUUGAAUUUUGCUUUCCUUUUUGUUGCAUGUAUGGAUCCUUCCAGAGGACUACACCAGGAGAUGGGGAACCCUUUCUCGGAAAACAUGAUGGUUAACUCAAAAGGACAGCAGCAGCAGGAAAGAAAAGCAAGGCCUCAACCAGAAGAAGCGCUUAAGUGCCCAAGAUGUGAAUCCACCAACACCAAGUUCUGCUAUUACAACAACUACAGCCUUUCUCAGCCAAGGUAUUUCUGCAAGUCAUGCAGGAGGUAUUGGACCAAAGGCGGCAAUCUCAGGAAUGUUCCCGUGGGCGGCGGCUGUAGGAAGAACAAGAGAUCAUCUUCAAAGAGGACCCAAGAUCACGCUUUCACACCCAGUACCAACCCACUCAUCACUCCCCACCACCACCCUAUCCCACCUUUGACUUAUGACAUGGACACCAAUGACCUCACCUUGGCCUUUGCUACCGUCCAAAAACAAUCUACUAGUGGGCAGCAGUUAGGGUUUGAUGAUCAUGAUGGCGACCUUUCUAUUUUUGGAAACCCUAGCUUUAAUGGUAAUGCACUCACAAGCAGCUUUCUCGGGAACCACGGCAAUCUUCAGAGUUAUUGCUAUGACAACAUUGGGAUGGGGGGUGCAGCCACGGGUCUCAAUGGGGAAACCAUGCUGCCUUACAAUAAUCAAGAAAUGAUUGAUUCAACAAUGGCAAUGGGACAAGACAGUGAGAACAGAGUGUUAUGGGGUUUGCCUUGGCAACUCAUUGCAGCAGAUAAUAACAUGGUGGGCUUGGGUGAUCUUGAUUUAGUAAGAGAUAACUGGAAUGGACUCCUUAAUACCCCCCUAAUGUAAAAAAAAAAAAAAAACAUGACAAUGAUGCUGUUUGUUUUUUUUUCUUCCCCUUAUUGUCUGCAAUCUGCAAGAAGUAAACAAAGGCAUAGACUUUACUCAUAGUAUUUCAGUGUUUUUCUUUUUAAAAGGUGACAGUUCAAAUUUGAUUGUUAACCAAAUCAACGCAAUUGCAGAAGAAAUUAAAUAUAAUUUCCAUUUUGGAUUUCA